ACUCCAGACUGCUUCUAGGGAGGCAUCAUGUAUCACACAAUGCAGACUGCUGUCUCAUUGUGUUCACUGUCGUGGGGAGGAGGGCUCUUUCACUCCAUUAGCUCACCAUGCACCUCAUUCAGAUUAACCAUGAGUGCCUACUCUACCUCUUUACCUUCUUGGACAAGGACAGUCGCAAGAGAGUAUCCCUCACGUGCCGCCGGCUCCGAGAGGUGUUCCUAGAUUCUCACCUGUGGUCUGUGCUCCACUUUAGCUCCCCAUGCCAGCUUAGGAGGGACAAUUUUGUGCUGGGGCCCUCGCUGCACUACCUGUCUGUGUGUUGGCACUCCAGCAGGGUCAAAGUGUGCAACAUUGAGGACUGGAUGAAGAGCACAUUUCAGAAGGACAUCUGUAGCAAACAUGAAAGUCUGGUUAGCGCAUUGUUGGACCAAGUCUGCCUGACGUGUCCAAACCUUCUUUCCCUGACCUUGUCUGGCUGUGGACACAUCACGGACCAAGAUGUAGUGGCUUUGCUGCACAGCUGCAGGAGGCUGAAAAGCCUCAAUCUGGAGAACUGCGUCCGGGUUACCGACUGUGUCCUGCAGGCUGUGGUAGCUCAUGGGGCCAGCCUGGUGGACGUGAGGGUGGACUUCUGUCGCAACGUGACUCAGGCAGGCCUGCAGGUGAUCAGGGAGAGGAGGCCAUCCAUAAAACUCAGCGCAGAGAGGAGUGCAGGCAUGAUCCCGGACAGCAAGCCUGACGAGCGGCUACAACUCAGAAGGGCUCUGCAGAAAGUCCUGCAAUCCUCCUGAUGUGCCCUUUGAUGAUUUAAUUUGAUGGUGUUUUUAUAGAAAGUACUUGCAUUUGUUCUUAUUAUUUACAUUACAUUUUUACGUAAACAUUUUUUUUCAUGUAUUUAAAUGGUUUUAUACUAAAUAUGUUUUCAAUGGCAAGCUACAGUGUUUCCCACACAGACUAAUUUGUGGAGGUGCACCACAGAAUCAACACCGGCCGCCACAUAUUGCG